AUGGACAACUUCCGCUCUCUGUUCCUGCUCACGCAUUUGUUCGGCUUCAACGUCCGCUCAUUCCGUCAAUCCGGUUCCCAAAUCACCAGUCCCGGACUGUCCCGAUCGGGAACGGUCCUGUUCCUGGUCAACGCAUCAACCUACCUGUACUUUGCAUUCCAAAACAAGGCCCUCGCCAAAGAUUCAAACUACUUAAUCACCGGAUCGGAACUGUUGGACGUCGGGGGACACCUGAUGCUGCAAACCAGCUACGUCACGAUGUUCAUUGCCUUGGUAGGACGAGCUGCUAGACAACGGCAGAUGGGAACCAUCCUGAACCAGUUUGUCCAGGUUGAUCGAAGAGUACGCACGGAGUUGGGAGUUGCGGUUGAUUAUGACCGGGAGUGGAGACUGGUAUUGGGAAUCUUUGGAAUAUUUUUGACAGUUAUUCUGAUUGCUGUUGGAUUCGGAGUGUACUGUCUGUAUCUAUUGAACAAUCUUGCAGAUGGAAUGAUCUUCUACGGUGGACAGAUCUUCGUUAGUAUCAGUGGGCUUGUACUGGCCUACAAUACCUUUAUCAUGAUCUUUCUGCUUCAUCGGAGAGUCUGCUUGGUUCAACGAUGUCUAAAUCCCCAGACGAUGCAGUCUAACUUGAUCCUGAUCAAAGCUAAGGAACAGAUUCGACCUACUGAAGUCCUUCACCUGAAAAUUUCCCAAGUUGCACUGAUCUUCGACGAUUUGUAUAACCUCUCCCUCAGCCAAAGCUUCUACGUCUGGACCGAAAUCACUUCGUACCUGGGCAUUGUGGUAUCGUACGGGCUGAUGACCCUUUUCGCAACGUAUCGAGCCAUCCGGACGGGACACUUUGAGAGCAUUGUGGCCAGCUCGAUGUAUCUGGUGUGGUGGGCCGAGUACUGUCUAGGGGCGCUGGUUAUUCUGUCCGCGGGGCAUCUACUCGAGCUGGUAUCCCGACGCACGGUGCACAUUCUUGGUUUGGUCAUUAGUUCCGACAAAGUGAGAGCAGGGUUGGAGGAGAUUAAGAUACGCUCCCUUAUGCUACAAAUAACUAUGAAUCCUCCAAAAAUUACAACCUGGUUCUUCGAUGUUAACUUGAGAGCGUCGUCGACGGAGGAGAGCUGUCAAGUGCUGGGGAGUUUGUACGGGGAAUUCCGUAACAAGGUAGAUGCAACGCGCUGUUCUUGCGAACGGAGAAGAUUGGAGCUUCCGGUCUGGGAUAUACCAACAACGGUGCCGCGCUGUCGUGAUGGAUUAUCAGCUGUGCCAGCGUGA